AUGAGCUUCCCGCCCUUUCGCUUCACCAGCUCCUCGAGCUUCUCGCGCUCGUCCUCGGGGAAGCCCGUGCCGAGCACGUUCAAUCCGACCAAGUUCACAACGGGGGGCUCCGCCGCGGGCUUCACGCCGCGCCGCGACUUCUUCGGCGGCGGCGGCUUCGUCGGCGACUUCGCUUUGCCCGCGGCCGUCGGCGCGUCGCCCUUGGCCUGCUGCGGCGACGGCGGCGCCCGCGCGCGCGCCUUCGUCUUCUCCGCCGCGGGCUCCGCCGCGGGCUCCGCCGCGGGCUCCGCCGCGGGCUCCGCCGCGGGCUUCACGCCGCGCCGCGACUUCUUCGGCGGCGGCGGCUUCGUCGGCGACUUCGCUUUGCCCGCGGCCGUCGGCGCGUCGCCCUUGGCCUGCUGCGGCGACGGCGGCGCCCGCGCGCGCGCCUUCGUCUUCGACGCCGCGGGCUCCGCCGCGGGCUCCGCCGCGGGCUUCACGCCGCGCCGCGACUUCUUCGGCGGCGGCGGCUUCGUCGGCGACUUCGCUUUGCCCGCGGCCGUCGGCGCGUCGCCCUUGGCCUGCUGCGGCGACGGCGGCGCCCGCGCGCGCGCCUUCGUCUUCGACGCCGCGGGCUCCGCCGCGGGCUCCGCCGCGGGCUUCACGCCGCGCCGCGACUUCUUCGACGGCGGCGGCUUCGUCGGCGCGGGGCCCGCGGGCGUCGGCGCGUCGCCCGUGGGCUUCGCCGGCGACGGCGGCGGCCACGCCGUCGAAGCACGCCACGCCGUCGAAGAAGGCGCGGCCGCCGCGCGCCGCCUCUGCGAGGAGAACCCGCACAACUUCACGGGCCUCGACCUCGAGACCGUCGUCCAGGGCACCACGACGGAGGAGCAGACCGUGCACACCGCGCUCGAUGGCGCCUACCUCGACGGCUCCUACUACGAGCUCCAGCGCGGCACCGAGCGCGCGGCCCGCCUCGACUGGGGCGCGCCGGCCGAGGACGUCCAGGACGCGCUCAACACGCUCACGCUCACGGACGCGCGCGUCGACAUCAUACCCGUCGGCGUCAACCCGUCGUUCCAGCCCGACUACAUCAUCCGCUCGUCCGCGCAAGCCAGCCGGGACCGAUUCGUCGACCCCGGCACCUUGCUGCGAGGGCUCGGCGCCGCGGGCGCCGGCAACGUCGCGACGCUUGCCGUCGUCGACAUCGGCAACCGAGGGGCUGCCCACCAUGCCCUGCUGGGCUCCUACGACGGCUACACGUACCCGCCGGGCGCGGGCAACCUCGACUCCAUCACCUACGACACCUCGAGCCUCCAGGGCACGACGCCCGCGGUGGUCAACGAGGUCCUGCGCACGGGCUCGACGCCCUUCAGCGGCACGUUCUCCGUCGCCUUCAACGGCGCCAAGACGGAGGAGAUGGAGUGGCAGGAGGCCGCGGACGAGGUCGAGUACGUCAUCGAGAAGCUCGACACCAUCGGCGAGAUCCGCGUCGACCGCACGGACAUGGGGCUCCAGCGCAUCCCGGGCGUCUUCGACGUCGCGCCGAUCGACGAGGUCGAGUACGGCGGCGUCGUCGUCGACGACGGCGCGGAGGCGAAGUACCUCGUCGGCGUCGGUCAGGCCUACGAGGUCGUCGUCGUCCGCCUCGCCGACGACGGCGCGCCCGACGCCUACGCCGUUUUAGGGGGCGACGUCGUCACGGGCCUCGACGACGCGACGGCGGAGACGUCCGUCGGCGCGGUCUGGACCUACUACGACGCCGCGGACGACGGCGCGAUCGUGCUCGUCGCGUCGUCGAACGACGGCUUCGGCGUCUUCCGCCUCGACACGCCCUUCGCCGUGCCCGACGCCUGCUGGAACAGCGGCGACGACGUCGACGACCACGUCGCCUGCGCCGACAGCGGCGCGAGCGGCUACGCGCCCGUGGCCAUCGCCUACGUCGUCGCCGCGGACGCCGCGGCGAGCAACGACGGCAUGAACUGCCCCGUCGCCGACCUCUCGACGGCGCCGCCGUCCGCGGCGCCCACGGAGAGCUGCGCGACGCGCAAGACGGCCGUCUGCUGGGCCGACGGCGGCGUCGCGCCCUUUGGGUGCGACGACUUCGCGCCCGUGCAGAUCCUGCGCGCCGAGGGCGACGACGCCUACAGUGCGAUGCGCUUCGACCUCGCGUCGGGCACCUACGGCUUCCUCUUCGCCCUCGACUACUUCGACGGCGACGCCGUCAACGGCGCUGGGCUCCUCGAGAUCGGCGGCGCCGCCUACGCGAUGGCGGCCUUCGACGACCGGCUCUGCCGCUUCGACGGCGACGGGUCCCUCUGCUUCGACGGCGCGCUCGCCUACGACUACCCGAAUGUCGCCGCCGUCGUCGGCACGACCUACUACUACUCCAAGUCGCCGGGCAAGAACGACAAGUCCUUCUACUUCGUCGAAAACGUCCACACGGACGACCCCGUCUUCGUCGACGACGCGGCCUUCGUCGUGUCGCCGGACCUCUUCUCCUCGUCCCUGGGCGACGUCGUGCCGAUCGUCGAGCGCGACGGCGCGGCGAGCGUCGUCGACGACGGCGAGGACUACCGGACGUACCUCGUGGGCCUCGGCCGCGCGUUCGAGGUCGUCGUCGUCCGCCUCGACGCGGACGGCCGCUACCCGGAGGCCUACGCGGUCCUCGCGAGCGCCGUGGACUGGGGCGCGUACAACGCGACGCUCCCGGACGACAGCGCCUUCGGCGCGGGCUUCGGCUACGAGCUCGACACGGGCGAGAACCAGGUCUUCUUCGCGAACAACGACGGGUUCGGCAUCUUCGAGGUCGAGCUGCCGCUCGCGGUGCCGUCGACGUGCUGGAACGCGGGCUCGUCGACGGCCUUCCACGCGCUCUGCUCCGCGACGGCGGCCGUGACGCGGCGCACGGACGCCGCGGCGGUCGCGAGCAACGACGGCUUCAACUGCGCGGGCGACGGCGGCAGCCCCAUCGACACGAUGCCGCCGACCGUCGCGCCGACGCUGCCCUGCGCGGAGGACCCGGGCCGGGGCACGUGCUGGGCCGACGCGUCCGUCGCGCCCUGGGACUGCGGCGCGUACCCCUACCCCGUCCAGGUGCUCCGGCUCUGGGACGACGCCGCGGGCGCGUACGAGGACGACUACGCCGUCGCGUCCGUGAACAUCUGGCAGGGCACGUUCGACGUGCUCUACCACAUGACCUACGCGUCCAGGGUCAACGCCGUGGACCUGCCCUUCAGCGACAACCACGACGAGUACGUCGUCGCCGAGAUCAUCUUCGCGGCGACGGCCGAGCAGGCGCCGCUCGCGCCGUACCGCUGCAACGUCGCCUGCUCGAUCCUCGACGGCAACCAGCCCGGCGGCUCCACCAAGCUCGAGUACGAGUAG